ACUAUAGCAGCAGUAGCACCAACAACAGUAGCACCAGCAGCAGUAGCUGAGGAAUCAAACCAUCUCAAUCAGAUUUCUACAUUUCUUCUUAGAUAGAGAGAAGCAACGGCUUUCUCCUGUUUUCAUCAUUCCUCAUUCAAUCGUACGUUUGGAACCGCUGGGUUUCAUCGGGGCCUCGUUGAAAAAAAUGAGGCCCUGGUUUUGAUUUUUCUUGCUCCGAAUCAGUGCAAUUGCAUAAAAGGAAAAGAAAAAAGAGCAUCUUCGUGAAGUGGGUUUUCUUGGACUUGGGAUUUUUCAAUGGCAUCAUACAAGGUCUUGCUUUCACAGAGAAAUCGAUGUUUUCAAUUGCUAUUUGUUGACCCUUGGAUGUGAAUGGAGGCCUCAGUGAAGCUUAUUUUUCUUGGAUCUCUAUUAUUUAAGAAAUGAAGAUGCAAUCUUUGAUGUUUUUUCUCCCAUCAUUGCAUGUGAAAAUGAAGGGGAAACCUUGAUUUCUUGAAGUUGGUGGGAUUUCCUUUCCGAGAAGUAUUGGGUGGGGACUGGACAUGAGUAUGUUGGAGGGGACAUGCUCAAGCCAAGGGAAGCUGAUAUACCCGCCCUGUUCCUCCUCUUGGUUGUGCUUCCUCUGGUUACUUACGUCUUACUUGGGAAAUGGAACGAAGCUACAAAGAAGAAGGCUAGGAUAAGCAUGCUUGCUGAAUUGGCAGCUGAAGAAGCUCUGAGAGUCGAAGCAAUAGCUACUGCUAGUGUUAUCCCAAUUGUGUUGUCUUCAAAGACUGGGUUUCACGAGUGUGCCAGAUGCUUUCGCCCUGCUGCAACUCGCUGCUCCAGAUGCAAGUCUGUCAGAUACUGUUCAGGAAAGUGCCAAAUAAUUCAUUGGAGGCAAGGCCAUAAGCAAGAAUGCCAGCAGUUGGACAUUAGCAACUCGAAUUCGUCUGCAAGUCCUCCUUCCACAGAAUCUGCUCACCAGAGGGUUCUACUGAAUGAGAAGCCAUUCUCUGGUUUUGAACUCAAGGAGCAUUUGCUAGAGAGUAUUCCUCCAGAUAUAUCAAUCCAUCCUCCUAUGACAACUAGUACUGCAGUUGAUACAUUUCAACAUUCCAUGGUUGGAAGAGAGCAUUCAGAGAAACGGGUUUCCUUCAAAUUCAACAGAAUGGCUUCAAAAAGUGAAGAGACCACUUCAUUUGAUUAUUUAGAAGAAACCAAUAGCAGAGGGGCCACCACUCUGACUCCUGGUUCCAUAUCUAACUGUUCUCAAUCAAAGGAACCUCCGGUGACUGCGAGAAAGAAGUUAGGUAAAGGCAGCUCCAUUGAAUCAUUUUAUGAAACUCCUAUAAAGCAGAACUUGAGCAGCCCUCCCAUGUAUGCUCAUGGAUGCACUGUUGUCGCAAGUACUAUGGACCCACCUUAUAGGUUAACCACUGAACAUGGAGUUGCAUUCAAAGCAAGUAGUGCAUCCAGUUCUCCAAUGUCGCUAUAUUCAGAGAAAAAUGGGAUAAAUGGAAGUGACAUCAACAUGGACUUCAUGUGUUCUAACGGUAAUUUUCUAGGGGAGGAAUUGCCUUUUACAAAUGAAACAUUUGACUUGAGCUCUUGCAAUGAAAAGAUCUCAUAUGAGGCAAGCACAAUAUCCGAGAGUCCUUUUCACGCUCCAGAACUUGCAGUUUCUACAUCACAAAGAUCAAUGCUAAAAGCAUCAAGAGAACGCCUGUUUGCAGGGACAGAAAGGAAAACUCACAUAGCCAAUGAAUCCAAAAUCCCUCGAAAAACUGCUUCCACAGAUGUUCCCACAGAAGGCAGCAGCAUUAUCUCAAAAAUCAGUGGUAUGAAGAUGGUGGGUCGAAAGAAGCUCCCGAAACUUACUGCAGGGUGUACCAGUGAUAGCCUUAAGAAGAAUAAGGUGUUGUUCCCCUAUGAAGAACUGGUCAAGUUAUUUAAUUGUGAAUUGUGGAACUUAUCUCCAAGAGGGCUUCUAAAUUGCGGAAACAGUUGCUACGCCAAUGCUGUAUUGCAAUGUUUGACCUGCACAAAGCCUCUCAGUGUCUACCUGCUGCGAAGAUCUCAUUCAAGAACCUGCUGGGUGAGAGAUUGGUGCCUCAUGUGCGAACUGGAGCAGCAUGUAUCAAUGUUGAGGGAAGGAGCGGGCCCUUUGUCUGCUAGCAGAAUCCUUUCACACAUGCAGAACAUUGGCUGCCGGAUGGGUGGUGGUGAUCAGGAAGAUGCUCAUGAAUUCUUAAGGCUUCUAGUUACAUCUAUGCAAUCCAUAUGCCUCGAAGGUCUGGGUGGUGAAAAGGAACUUGAUCCAAGACUACAAGAAACAACAUUGGUACAGCAGAUUUUCGGUGGACAUCUUAGAUCAAAGGUCAAGUGUCUGAGAUGCCAUCAUGAAUCUGAACGAUAUGAAAAAAUUAUGGAUCUUACAUUGGAGAUCCUUGGUUGGGUUGAGUCAUUGGAGGAUGCACUUACUCAAUUUACUGCUCCCGAGGAUUUGGAUGGAGAGAACAUGUACAGAUGUGGAAGGUGUGCAACAUAUGUUAAAGCCCGGAAGCAACUGAAUGUACAUGAGGCUCCAAAUAUCCUGACAAUAGUUUUGAAGAGAUUCCAGACAGGGAAAUAUGGAAAGAUAAACAAAUGCAUAUCUUUUCCCGACAUGUUGGAUAUGAUUCCCUUCAUGACUGGGACUGGGGACUCCCCUCCACUUUACAUGCUGUAUGGUGUUGUUGUGCAUUUGGAUACACUGAAUGCAUCCUUCUCUGGCCACUAUGUGUCAUAUGUGAAAGAUCUACAAGGCAUGUGGUUCAGGAUAGAUGACACGAAGGUGGAGCCAGUCCCAGUAGGUCAGGUGAUGUCAGAAGGUGCAUACAUCCUAUUCUACUCGAGAUCUUACCCCCGCCCCCCGAGAGUUUAUACUGGUAGAUCUGCCCCAUUUCAAGCUCCAGCUUCUGCGAAGCAAUGCAUGUCGAAAACUCAAAAACCAUCAAGAGACAGGCAAAGCAAGCAGAACGGCCUCUUGUUUGCUCCGGAGCAUUCAUCACCGCAUUACACUGCAAAAGUAGGAGAUGAUCCCAAUGAAGAAACUGGUACAGGCUUAAAUGGCUGUGCGAAUGACCAGGGUCUAAGAACUGCAAGCAGAAAUGUCCUGCCUACAAGACAAAUGUACACAGAGUCAGUAAGCACGGAUUUUUCUGAUGCCACAUCAAGUGACUGGUCCCUUUUCACAAGCUCAGAUGAAUCGUCUUUUACCACUGAGAGCACCCGUGACUCAUUCAGCACCGUAGACUACAGUGACCCAUUUAACAUUGAACCUAUCUCCUCGAUAUUUGGUACCUUCUGUGCACCAGACUAUUCCAACAGCACCAUCUCCUGUACAAAGUUCUUGCCUUGCAAGCCCCAGACAAGAUACUUUCUAGAGAGCAGUGGCUUUGUUUUGGAUUCUUCAAUGCCGACACAACCAGUCGGCAGUGUACAUAAUGGAAAGAAUCUGGAUCAGGUGACUGUUUCCUUGACUGAAUCUCGACCUUCAGCAAAUAACUGCAGCAUGUUUGUAAGAUACGGGAGCAAUCCUGAAGAUAGUUUUGUUCAAACUCCUGGCUGUUUGUGAGUAGUCUGUAGGUUCUUGUAGUUUUAGGCAUGCCCACUUGAUAUUAGAUCUCUCUUGGGUUGAUAAUAUACCUGUAAUGCCUCAGACGUGUGGUUUUUUUUUUUGUUUUUUUGUUUUUUAAUGAAAUGGUGCGUAUCAGUCGUAUGCAAGUGGGGAAUUUGCUUCCCUUUUCCCUCUUUUCCUUGGUGCCCCAAAGACACUGUUCAUAUCGCUCAAAACCCGAAAUCAUUUUUGGGAUUAGUUGCUUUAUUUCCAGAAUAGUCUGAUCA